AUGGCAAUGUCUCGUACGACUUUGGCUUUGUCAGCUUGGCUGUGCCUGGUCCUGAGCCAGACUGUGAGGGGAGACUUGAACACUCAGGUAAGCCGCAAUCUGCGGCAAGGUAACCAGAGUGCAGGGAACCCAAAUCGCAGUUCGUCUCAGGAAGGCUCAGCUGGCUUGAAAGUCCGUAAGGCGAACCAGACUGGCAGGGCAAACGACUCGCUCGCCACGAAAGCAGAUUUCCAUGAGCCUCUAUUGCUGCCUCCGAAUGUCUCAGGCCAGGAUGCCCCACACAGUGCGGAAGCCGGGGCAAGUCCGAGCAAUGCGACUGCCUUCCGCCCGUCAUUCAAGUCCGCAGCUGGUUGGACUGGCGGGGUCGGCUGCUGGCACUACGGCUGCCGCAGCAGCUAUCAUCCCGAGUUCCAAUGCCAGUGCAACAAGGACUGCGGUCGCUUCAGGAAUUGCUGCUAUGACUAUGGUACUUGUUGGCAAACACCUGACAGCCGACGUCGGCGGCGUCGUGAUCCGUCGUCGAGCAAUUCGCGCCCAACUCACACCAACAUGGUAACCGGCUUCCACCAGACGAGCCCCAAUGUGUGCAAGUUGAUUGUCAACUCGGCUUUCCGACCAGGCUCAGAUGGCCACUGCGGUGGAGCCAUCUACUUUGCCUUGUCCCCCCAGGCGACGAAGACAAAGGCCAUUGGGAACGACUCCAAGAGCGGCUGCAUGAUUGAGGCGAAGGUGGAUGUGGGACGCGUCAAGUACGAGGGCCCCCGUUGUGGCCACAAGUGGACAAAGCAAGAGUUUCUCCAGACCGGGUAUGAUUCGAUACGCUUCGACCCUGGCGAUGGAGACGAGCUGGUCAUUUACGACAGUUGGAGGGUGAAGAGCAUGAGGAUCAUUCCGUUCAACGACGCAUGGAGGCCAACAUAUAAUGUUCGAUGA